UUUCACAUCUCGACUGAAACCUCCCACUUUUUUGCGUGAUAUCGAAGCAUAGGAAGUGAGAUUCACUGGUUAGCUAAAAAGCAAAGAAAAUGAGUUUCUUGGGGUUCGGUCAAGGCGCCGAUAUUGACAUCGUAUUGGACGAUUCUGCAACUCGUAAACAAGCAGAAAUAAAAACAGAAGAUGGAAAGAAAGAAAGGCUUUUCUUGUUUUAUGACGGAGAAUCAAUCACCGGGAAAGUCAAUGUAAACUUGAAAGGGAGGAAAUUAGAGCACCAAGGGAUUCGGAUUGAGUUUGUCGGACAAAUUGAGUUGUACUACGACAGAGGCAACCACCAUGAGUUUACUUCAUUGGUCAAAGAGCUCGCUAGACCAGGAGAACUCACUCAAUCCACCAAUUACUCAUAUGAGUUUUUGAAUGUUGAAAAACCCUACGAGUCCUACACUGGAGCUAAUGUUCGGUUACGUUAUUUCCUGCGAGUGACCAUUACAAAGCGAUUAACAGACACAGUGAAAGAAAUGGACAUCUUGGUUCACACUCUUUCCCACUAUCCGGAAGUCAACUCAUCUAUUAAGAUGGAGGUCGGUAUCGAAGAUUGCCUUCACAUAGAGUUUGAAUACAAUAAAUCAAAAUACCACCUGAAGGACGUUAUAGUGGGUAAGAUCUAUUUCUUACUGGUACGAAUCAAGAUUAAACACAUGGAGCUUGCUAUCAUCAAGCGAGAAACAACAGGAUCAGGUCCCAACACUUUUAAUGAAAACGAGACCAUAGCUAAGUAUGAAAUCAUGGAUGGGGCACCAGUUAGAGGUGAGUCUAUUCCAAUCCGUCUCUUCCUAUCUGGUUAUGAACUCACUCCAACGAUGCGAGAUGUUAAUAAGAAGUUCUCUACUCGCUACUAUCUUAACUUAGUCCUGGUGGAUGAGGAAGAAAGGAGAUACUUCAAACAACAGGAAAUCACGCUGUGGCGGAAACCUGACAAGGCAAAGAAACCUCAAAAUUUCCAGACACAAAAGUUUGAACCAGUAAAAUAGAAAACAUUUCUCUCUAAUAGACACAACCUAGACAGGACUGGGGACCAGUCUACUGUAGUUACCAUGAUGUGAUCAUCUUCCAUUGAAACUCAUGUACGCCAAAGUGAGGCAGGAAGGUAAUUGGUCUGGUUCCCAAUUUGUACAUUGGUAGACAUGUGAGUAGCCAUUUAUUUCUAACUCUACAUUAAACCACUAUAGACGGGCACAUUGGUAAGUGCAAUACAAUCAAAUGAUACAGGCAUGAUUUUCUCUUACUUCAGUCUGAUUAAUGUUUUUUGAACCUGGAAAAAAAACCCAGAACAAUUGUGAUUAAAAUAGCAUGGAAAGUCUCUACUUUAAAAGCAGCUGUGUGAAGUACAGCCCAGCAUACUAAAUUCACAAUGCAGUAUGAACCAAUGGCCCUGUGAUUUUGCGAUGUGGAACUUUCAAUAAACCUUUUUGAGGUAUGGCUGACACAACGCUACAACUGUAAAGUUGUGGGAAAUUUGUGGGUAUUGACCAUAGAAAUAGAACGUAUUUUAUUCAGAGAAGUGCGCAUUUUAGGCGACACAGCGUUUGCACAUAAACCUAAUGACCACCAACAUGGUGAGCCUGGCAUCAGUCCCGUGUGUGUCGUGCGCGUAUCACGUCCGCCAUACCUCAAAAAGGCUUAUAGGAUUGAUGUUAUGUUCCCCAAAACGUCUGAAACUUGAUGAUUUACCUGCCAUCCGGUAGACUGGGCCCCUGUCUUUAUCUGCAAAGACAGGUACCAGCUAUUCAGAUCCAGUGAUUCCAUUGGGUACAAUGAUAGCAUUGGAUAAAUGCAGUAAAUGAAAGCUACCGUAGCUGGGUUUGUUUUGAUUGGUCUGAGCUCACCUCAGUUGGCCAAUCAAAACACGGAUAUGGAAAGCUUUCUUUCGGUCGUCCGUGCAUAUGUGGGCGCAUCCACAUGCAUUGACGUGUAGGUAUAAUGUAUACAGUUCAUGCAUGGUGGAUACGGUACUUGCUUGGUAGUAAGUUCUGUUCUGUUCAUCAAGACUGUUCUGUGCUUAGUAAGUUUUUAUGUUAAAACAUACCUCAUGGAAUUAAGCCCUGGACAUGCCCCUCUAUUCUUGUUGCACUCAUAGCGGUGUCCUUUACUAAGAAAUACUGUGGCUGACAAAGAAAGAAGAACCAUGACUGAAUUUUAAAUCAUCAAUCUAAUUAGACUGAGUCCCCUCUGCUUGGUUAAAAAUCAACCAUGUCAUACUUUUUAAAAAUGUUUACGUUGUACAAAUUUGUAACAUUUGAGUAGAGUACAUAAAGUGCAUUCCAUUAUAACCAAUAAUUGCGACAAAAAAACCGAUGCAAUUACUUUAUUGCCAACUCCAAACUAAAGUUAUAUAAUGUAGAAAUCCAGAUGAAGUUUUUUGACCUCAAUCCUCCUAUAUUCUUUUCUCCCGUGUCACUAGACACUCAACUGAUUGGACUUGGAAGAUCAGAAACCCUGACACUCUGAGAACAUGUGCUGUUGUUUUUAUACUCUCCCAAGUCCUUCUGAAUUCUUAACUUUGGCAAUUAGAUAAA